AUGCCCAAUUGUGUCUUCAACAAGAAGGAUCCCAUUAUUCUGGGUGUUGAUGUUCUUGAGGGGAUUGCUAAGAUUGGAACUCCAAUAUGUAUUCCUCAAAGGGAAUUUAUUGAUAUUGGACGGAUUUCUUCCAUUGAGAAUAAUCACAAGCCAGUUGAUAUCGCCAAAAAAGGAUCAAAGGUGGCUAUCAAGAUAACUGGAAGCAAUGCUGAAGAGCAACAAAAAAUGUUCGGGAGGCAUUUUGAAAUGGAGGAUGAACUUGUCAGCCAUAUCUCAAGGAACUCCAUCGAUAUACUAAAAGCCAAUUAUCGGGAUGAGUUGUCGAAUGAAGAAUGGAGGUGGGUGGACAGCGGCUCAACAAGAGGAGGGACCCUCCUUUGUCGUGGAAUCACUGCUUUUGCAGUAGUUGCAAUGAUGGUCUUCAAACAACUACUCUGCAUGCUUACAGAAGAUUUGUCUUGUAGUGGUAGAUGCAUCAAAGUUGUUGUUCAUGAACUGUUCUCCGAAUUUGGAUGCUCGUUCAAGGUCUUCGUUACUGGUGUUGCCAUAGCUUCAGUUGGUGAUUAUACAGUGUGA